CGCUUUGCUAAUCAAAGUUGAAUGGUAAAACAUUGAGCAACGGUGGAGCGUGUUCUUUGGAAUUUCAAAGCGGACUCUGAGUUCGACUGACUGAUCCAUUACUUGGAAACCCAAUUAACAGCCGCUUCUGUAAUACUUCAUUUUCCCUAAUUGUGACAUUUCACGACUUACAAUACCCCGAUUCCCAGCCACUUUCACGACCCCUGGAGACAUUUAACCUUCGAUUGCACUGGCCACGCCAGGACCUGCAAACAUGUACUGGAUGUUCCACCUGACCGGUGCUUUUAUUGUAUGGUUUUUAAUGAAAGAUGGUGAUUCUCUGUUGCUGAGAAGUCACCUCGCAGAUUAAAGUUCAGCCUCUUGGCAGCUUUCCAACAUCAAAUGGCAGAUAUUCUUUCAGCUUCGAUGUGUUUUUCUUUCAAAGUUGAAAACAAACGUGGGGUACUUUCUAAUUAGCUGAUCUGAAGCAAAGCCGCCAGCUCUCGGUUUAAGAUUUGAAAUCGUUCCUUCAAACUGCCGAGUUUUAAGUUUUCUAUAACUAUUUAAGCUGGUGCAUAUUUCCAUAGUCCCUCCCCCUUUUGGGGCUACUCGUUUCUUCGAACAGUCUAUACUAUAAGUACUGUCUUUGAAGCAGUCAAGACUUGGACCAGCUGCAAAGUGUGCGUCUGCCAGAAUCAAUGGAGGACUAUUCCAGCUCCUUUCUAGUUUAUACGUGUGUUAUCACCGUGCUAGGCAUUGUCGCUUUCCUGAGGCUGUUCAUGUCUGAACUGCAACUGACUCAUCGCCUGAUCAUUUAUGCGAUUCUCCUUCUGUUCCUGGAGAGGAUCUGUUGCAUGUAUCUGGCCGGCUUGUCAGGGGUUCUGGUUUUCACUGCUGUAUGCUUGCUCGCCUUUCAGUCACUUUCCUCUCCUAAGUUAUCUGUGCAGGGAAAGGCUGUGCUCAUUACAGGUUUGUGGGGUUUGGUGAACAAUGCUGGAAUGUGCUUCAACAUUAGCGAUGCUGAACUCUCUGCCAUGUCCAACUACAGAGGCUGCAUGGAGGUCAACUUCUUUGGUGCAAUAGCAAUUACCAAAGGCUUCCUUCCUCUGAUACGUAGAGCAAAAGGCAGAAUUGUCAAUGUUUCCAGUCCAGUGGGAGAGAUUCCAUUACCCUUUUUAGCGGCUUAUGGAGCUUCGAAAGCUGCACUCACCCUAUUCACAAACAUUUUACGCCUGGAAUUGAGACACUGGGGAGUGAAAGUUUGCACCAUACUUCCUGCAUUUUACAAAACAGCUCCAUCACGUAAUUUUGAGUACUGGGAACAACAAGUCCACCAUCUCAUAAAGAAUAUUUCUUCAGAACUGCUUCAGGACUAUGGGGAAGAGUAUAUGCUAGAGACAAAAGACCUAUUCCUGAAAUACAUUACAACCGCCAAGGAGGACUUUAGCCCUGUCAUUGAAAGCAUCACUGAUGCUAUACUCUCAAGAAAUCCAAAACCAAGAUAUUAUGCAGGAAAAGCAGUUAUUGUUUUGUAUAUCUUUCUAUGUAUUUUACCAACAUCACUGAGUGAUUUAAUUUUCAACAGGUUUUUCUUAAUUAAAAAAGUCUUACCAAAGGGUUUGCAAAAAUAGUGCAGUGGUGGUAGGAUAGGGUGGGGUUGGGGGCUGGUGGUGAGGAGAAUACAUAUUGUAAAAAAUGAUACAUUUUUCUGAUAAUCCUCAAUGUAUUAGUUGUUCACUUAGUAACACCGUGAAUAUAAUUCACUCUACUGGGAAAACUGAGAUAAGAAGGAAGGAAAGAUGGGAGAUAAAUUUCACUGCACUGUCAGCAUGCUAAAUUCACGAAAGUGCAUUGACCAUCUAUAAUAGAACACCCAUGUUGUUAAUUUUCACCCCCUUGAUUCCAAUCAUUGAAGGUAUAUAGUACUCCCAAGUUUUUAACACUCGGGCAUUUUGUAUAUAAAAUAACAAUUGUACAAACUAUAGCUUUUUUUAAAAAUCAUUUGUAAAUGAUUAUUGGAAAAUGUUCAACAGCAUCCCAAGUUUCAAAUAUUACUUAUCUGUUUUUGAAUAUGAUUGUCUGUUUUAAUGUAACUUAUAAUUAUGGGUUAAAUGUUCUGAAAUCCCAGAAGUUGUGGUUUUAUAAAAUGUUAGAUUCUGGCACAUAAAGGGAGCAUUUUUGCAGGACAAAGAUUGUAAAAUUAUACUCCUAACAAUGGAAUCCAGUGUAAGUUUUAUAAAUAAUUGUUCUUUGAACAAUUUUGAAGAUGCAAUCUAACUUGUUGGGGAAAUCUGGACUGUUUCAAUCUUCAUCAACCUUUUGAAGAAAUUGUGCUUAUAGAUGCAACAAACCUAUGAUUUUAAAAAAAGGACUUUUGAACCUAUCAAUCCACAUGCCUAUUUUUACCAAAUAGUGUGCUUAAUUCAUUUUAUAAAUGCUAUAUUCACUCCAAAAUAAUAUCCAAAGAUAGAGAUUGAUAAUAUAGUUCAGGACUGGAAAUUUCUUCCAAAUAGAAGGAAUCCUCUAUAUCUUUUGUAGAAGAUUUUGGUAAGAGAAUAUUCCUUUCAAAGUGAUCCUUGUUCUAUAUGUUAUCCAUUUUCUUCAAAAAAGGAACUAUUUGCAUCCUUCAUUUGUUUAAGCAUUUUAGAAAAAAAAAUUUUGUUUAAUGCAUAUUAAAAUUCAACAUAUAUUGUUCAAACAAAGCCUUGAUCUAUGUUAUACUGCUGCUUGAUAUCACUUGUCAAUAAACCUCUUUCAGUUGAAGCUAGUGAAAGUCAAAACUUUCUGCUAGCUUUCAGGAACUACUGGUAUAAUAUUCAAUCAUGGAAUGUCCAAAACAAAACAAUGGCAUUAAGAAGCUAUGAAUGGGGUCUUUAUGUAUACUGCAUAUACAUUUGAUUCUGUGUGUGUGCUUGUGUAUAUUAUUAAUCUGUUGUUUAUGCUUUGAACAUCAAUGUUAAUGUAUUCAUCUUUGAAGUAUGAUUUAAGUCCAUGUGUCACUGUAGCCAUCAACACUGCAAGUAUUUAUACAAGUCAAAUAAUUUGUGAUGCAGAGCCUACAUUCUUAUGAUAUCCUUUAAGUUAAUAUUUCCUUACAUCUGUUGUAACUACUGGAGCAAAACCUGCAGAAUAAUGGAAAGCUUUGAUUUUUAUUCUUUUAAAGAUGUAAUUUGUGCAAAGCGUGUGCUGUGAUAAAUUCAGGGAAAAAGCAGACUGACCUAACUCUCAUCAUUAAUCAUGAAUAUUACUUUCAUGCCUGUAAGUUUUAAUUUAGGAAUAGAAAUGUAGCCCAAGUUAAAAAUUAGCUUUUAUAUUUGGAAAUGUUAUGUUUGAUGAUUAAUAGAUUUAAUUUAGAAUCCGAAAUGCCAAAGGGUCUUUGAAAGAUAUGAAAAUACAGAAUGUAAGGAUGUGAUAUAACUUGAACCAUGUUGAGAAUGGUUUUUAUUGUAAUAGACAGACGACUUGUAUUUAUUCAAGGACCGUGCAGCUUGUUUUACAUCACAAGAUGAAACAAGUUAUCCCAUUUUCAUUUUUGCAAAAGAAUAGCUUGUGGUCAAAUGUAGGUCUAUGUAGUAUUUUCUUUCCAGUUUUUUUUCCUGUAUUACUUAAAUAAAUAUCAGAUCACA